AUGCAGCUGUGGACCAAGUAUAACGAGAGUCACCACCGCCUCUACCAGCGCCUCUACCAGCGCCUCUACCAGCGCCUCUACCAGCGCCUCUACCAGCGCCUCUACCAGCGCCUCUACCAGCACCUCUACCAGCGCCUCUACCAGCGCCUCUACCAGCGCCUCUACCAGCACCUCUACCAGCGCCUCUACCAGCGCCUCUACCAGCACCUCUACCAGCACCUCUACCAGCGCCUCUACCAACGCCUCUACCAGCACCUCUACCAGCGCCUCUACCAACGCCUCUACCAGCACCUCUACCAACGCGCCUGGGCCCAACUUGAGCCCCACGUGACGUAG